AUGAACCAAGAUGCCCUAUAUGCCAAAGAGAAGAGGAAACAAGGGCUUCCAAAGAAAGAAUUGGAAAAAACUGUUGCUAUAAUGAAAAGUAUCUGGGGUAGAAGAAAUGAAUUGAAUCAAGGAGGAUCGGUAAGGGGAAGGCGAUGUUGGAAACAACCUGAGGGCAAUACACUUAAAGCAAAUUUUGAUGCUGCUCUUGAUAUAAAUAACCAGAGAAUGAGAAUUGGGAUUAUAGUGAGAGAUAAUAAUGGUAAUGUUCUGGCCUCAAUGACUUCUCAAAGAAGAUAUAUAGUUUCACCUUUUCUUGCUGAGUGUAAUGCCAUGUGGAGGGCUAUGGAAUUGUGCAAGAAGUUGGGGUUCCAAGAAGUCAGCUUUGAAGGGGAUGCCAGAAGUGUUAUUGAGGCUGUUGUGGAUGAAGAAGUGGAUGAGUCAGGGAGAGGGCAAGUGGUGGAGGACUUGAAGAAAAUGCUAAGGUCUUGCUGGUACUGGACUCUGACUUUCACACACAGAGAAGGCAAUGUAGUGGCUCACAAUCUAGCUAAGAUGGCUUUGUUUACUGAAGGGGAAUUCUCUUGGAUUGAAAGUGUUCCAAAAGAAAUUAAACAAUUAGUUGUAAAUGACAGAAUUUGUAAUGAUUUGAGUAUAUAA